AAAGAUCAACAGAGGCGGGGAGAGCGUCAGUCGAAGAGGACCAGGGGUCAACGGACAGAGGGCCAUAGAAUCCCCCCUGAACCCCAGGAAGACCAGGAAGGGGACACCAAAAGACCGGGCACUGCCCACUCCCAACUGGUUCAGACCUAUUCCUAUCUCCCUUUGCAGUGACUUAUUUGACCCACCUGGAAACUGAGGCCCUUGUCCCUCUUCCGGAGUCUGUGUGACAAUGAGCCAGGAUUACCAGGAUCUUACCUCUUUGGACGUAGAGGAUAUGGGUGGAAAACCUAUCCAGAAAGUGCCGGCAAGGCUUCCUCCGAGCCCAACGUGGAGCCGCCGUCUCUGCCCCAGCCGCCGCUUGGUCCUCCUCCUGCUGGGGCUCUGUGCCGCCCUCCUUCUUGCCGUCAUCGUAUUUGCUGCCAAAGGAAGUAACCACCGUUCUCAAAUAAACAGCUUGAGGGAGACUCUCCAAAGCCUCAAUGGGACGGUGGCGGAGGAGAUGGCCAGCCUGCAGAGCAGAGGAAAGGAUGCGGAUGCAAAGGUUACACAGAUAGAAGGAACAGUAAAACAGCUGACAGAGGAAGGAGAAACAGCUCGAACACGACUCCAGGGGCAAGUGAACGAGUUGCAGAAGAACUUGAGAAACUUGAAUUGUGACCUGGAGAACUUUAAACGCAAUCGAUCAGCCAGCCCUGAAGCCUGCUGUCCCAAGAACUGGGUUUCCUUCCGCAAAAGCUGUUACUGGGAGUCCAUAGCACAGAAGUCCUGGGAAGACGCCAAAGCAGACUGUGAGGCCCGCUAUGCCCACCUGGUGAUCAUCAACUCCUACGAAGAGCAACAAUUUGUGGCCGUGCGCGUGAGGCCGAAUUUUAUGUGGAUUGGCUUGACCGAUGCCAGUGGGGCAUGGAAAUGGGUGGACGGGUCACCCUACACCAUUAAAACAGAGGAAUGGUGUCCGGAGCAGCCAGAUAACUGGUACGGCCACGGUCUUGGCGGCGGAGAGGAUUGUGCCCACCUCACCAGUGAGAGCUGCUGGAACGACGACCAUUGCUCUCGCCUCUAUGGCUUUAUUUGCGAGAUGGAGGAGGCCAACUAAAGAGAAGGGAGACUUCCUUCCUUGAACAAAAAGGGCCUUCUUGUUGUCUGCCUUCGAGAAGGGAUCCCAAAGCCAAGAGAUAUUUGACUGCUGGCUGUCGGGAGGAGACACCAUCGUCUGAAACAACUCUCCCCUUCAGUCCUAAAAUGUCCGAAAUGGAGGAGAAGGACCAAACACAGGCCCCCCAAAAUAUUAAAAAUUGGACUGAGUCCUGUUACUGAUCCCAACUAGAAUGGACCCAUUAAAAUCAGUAAGGUUUA